AUGGCUAGUUCGUCAUCUUCUCAUCAUUAUGACGUGGCAUUUGGACCAUUAGAGGAUGAUUUAUUGUGGAUGCAAAAAAAUCAUGUAUCCCAACAUAUUUGGAAUGGUGCUAAUGAUAGGACAUUAAAAAUUCGACGAGCCACACCACUGUACAAUCAUAGAGAAGCACCGCCCGAAGAAAUUAUUCCUCUAUUACAAAUUCCGGGUUUGUACCCGAUAAUGAAAUUGGCGCAGCUGAAAGUGAAUGGAGCAUUGGUGCAUGCUUUUAUUGAAAGGUGGAGGCCAGAAACGCAUACAUUUCAUUUGAAGUGUGGAGAGGCAACUAUUACACUUCAAGAUGUUUCUGUGCUACUUGGUAUUCCUGUGGAUGGAAGACCAUUAAUUGGAAAUACAAAUAUUGAUUGGUUUGAAUUGUUUCAUGAAUUAUUGGGUGUCAUGUCUGACGAUGCUGCAAUUGAUGGGAACUCAAUUAAAUUGAGUUGGUUGUCUUCUCAUUUUGCAAAUAUUCAUGAUUUUACAGGCAACCAAGAAGGCCUUGAAAGAUUUGCUCGUGCUUGGAUCUUACGAUUCAUAGGUGGGGUAAUGUUUGUUGACAAAAGCAGCAAACGGGUGCAUUUGAAAUAUUUGCAGUUUCUGAGAGACCUUAGAGAGUGCAGUAGUUAUGCAUGGGGAGCUGCUGUUUUGGGUAACCUUUAUAGAGAGAUGUGCAUCGCAACAGACUAUAAUGCUAAAUCAAUAGGCGGUUUCACUCUCUUGAUUCAAUUAUGGGCAUGGGAACGAUGCCCAACAUUAGCCCCCUCAGUUAUUCCUCCACAACAACAAAACGUGCCACUUGGUUACAGAUGGUUGGGAGGUGAAUUGCAUCACAUAGGCAAUGACAAUUUAAUUGAGUUUCGUUGUAAAUUAGAUGUCAUGAAACGCGACGAGUUUGUAUGGGUCCCUUAUGCUGGACAUGUGGAAAUGAACUUGAGUCAACCGGAUAGAGUCAUGAGACAAUUUGGAAUGCAACAACCUAUUCCGGGACCAGUAAUGCAACCCAACAACAUACAUGACUUGACAUUAAAGGGAAAGGAAGGAAAAAAUUGGAUGCGACUAAUGCAACCCGCACUUAAUGAAUGGAAUAGUCGCUAUGAAAGGAGAGUAGAGCAGACGCCGCCACAAACAGAGACCCUCGGUCUGAACUCUGAAUAUAUGAGGUGGUACAGGCGUAAAACAAAAGUUUAUGUGGACCCAAAACAUGCAAGAAGAGGACUAUUGGGUGAAAUCGCCGAAACACUACAUUUUAUGGUGUCGCCUGUUGGGAGAAGGGUUUCUACUUUUGACGAUUUACUGCCAUGUAUCGAGAAGAUCACUCUUUUGUCUAAGGAAGAGGAUAGGAUACUUGAGGCACAUGAAGAUGCUCCCCCUUCUCAGCCACAAUUUGAACAUCAACAGUUUAAUAUACUACGGCAAAGUGUGGAGACUCGAGGCUUAGCGCGACGUCGGGAAACUGUUGAUGCAGCAACAUAUAGUUUGUCUCCGAUGCCAGAACGACAACAUGGAAUGUAUUACACACCGCCGACAUUCACCCAAGAACCGUCUCAGAUGCCGCCGAUGUAUUCAUACCCACAUGAUUUUCAACCAGGGUAUAGUUUUGCAGGCAUAUUUGGGUCCUCUCCUUCUUCAACGGAAACUCCUUCAUUUACCCAAAGUGGUCAAGUAUCGACCCCAAAUGCCCCACUUGCUGGUCCAUGGAAUGUACCUGGAGAUAUACCCGACAUGGACGACUUAUUAGGGGUCGAUUUACGUCAUGAUUUCUCUGCCGAGGCUGACCAAGUGGAUGAAAGGGCGAAUCCUAGAAGAAGAAAUCCUGAUAGAGCAGCUAAAAAUUGGGACCGGCCAUGUGGAACUUCGUCGCGGCAUCACAGACAUAGUGAUGAUUGA